GUGUAGAUUUCAUGUAAAUAUCAAAUACGUAAUGAAAAAUAUGACGGAAGAAAAUAUAACUGUAAGCGACAAUUCUGAUUUGGAGGAUGCAGGAAAUCCCGAACUUCGUGGAUACUUGAGCAAAUGGACAAAUUAUAUCCAUGGGUGGCAAGACAGGUUUAUUGUUUUGAAGGAUUCUACACUUUCAUACUACAAGAGUGAGUUGGAGAGCAAUCUUGGAUGUCGUGGUGCCCUAUGCUUGAAGAAAGCCAAAGUCAAGCCUCACGAAUUUGAUGACUGCAGAUUUGAUGUCUCGGUCAAUGACUGUGUGUGGUACCUCAGGGCAUCAAACCCCGAAGAGAAACAGCAAUGGAUUGAUGUUUUGGAAUCGUUUAAAGUGGAGUCAGGGUACGGGACAAGCUCGGACAGCAGUUCUAAUGGAGGUGGUCUUCGUAGACAUGGUUCAGUUACUUCACUCCAGUCUACUGGGUCACAUGGUCGCACAGCACGACGGCUCACAGAAAAGAUAGCAGAGUUGGACACGUACAGCGAGGUACUCGGCAAACAGGCGGUGCAACUGCAGCAGUAUUUCGCGAUGUGCGUUGCUGCUGCUCAGAGUAACAGCGAUGAAGCUGUUGAAGCUAUUGACGCAGUCACAUUGGCUGAUGGUAAAUGUGAAGGAAAUGACUUAAGACCCCAUGUCGGCGAAGUACGCGCGACUAGUGCAUCAUUCAAAGCCACAUGCACUGCGACAAUGCAAGCACUGCAGCAGUGCGUUGAACUUCUGCGAAGGCGCGAGAAGCAGGCGCGACAAGCCGAAGAACUAUACAUGGCCUUGAAAAAUCAGUUAACGGAGGCUAGGCUUGCUUCCAAACCGGGACCUGAUCACGAGGAGGGUCCCCACUCCACUUUGCCAGACGAUGAGUUCUACGAUGCAGUUGAGACAGGAUUCGACAAGAUGGAGGAGGAGCGGUGUGCCCGCGUGGUGCCGCCUAGUGUAGCCACGCGUGACCAGGUCGAGUUGCCUCCACCGGCCAUUGACAACCGCCUCACUGUGCACGCCUUGUGGCCUGAGAUCGACAGGAUAUCAACAGAACAGAUGCAAGCCGCGUUCGAAGGCGUCGGCGGCGAAAUUGGUUGGCAGUUGUUCGCCGAAGAGGGAGACAUGAGGAUGUAUAGGAGGGAGAUGGAAGUGGACGGAAUGGUGAUGGAUCCUCUGAAAGCGAUGCACAAAGUGCGCGGCGUGUCAGCGCGCGAGAUGUGCCAUUACUUUUUCAACCCUCGCUACCGGUAUGAAUGGGAAACAACACUAGAAACGAUGACCAUCGUCGAAGAGUUGUCUUCAGACGCAAUGGUGUUCCACCAGACAUUCAAGCGCAUCUGGCCUGCAUCGCAACGAGACGCGCUCUUUUGGUCACACGUUCGUGCCUCUGAGGGCAACACUUAUGCUGUUACCAAUCAUUCGACUACGAAUCCGGAUUAUCCACCGAACACUAGUGCGUGUAUCCGCCUCUACGUCACCGUGUGCCUGGCGUGUCGCAGCGAGUACCCGGCUGGCGAACAGCCCACGAGGGAGAACGUCGUCACCAGCAUCGCCUAUUGCAGUACAGUAAACCCCGGAGGUUGGGCCCCUGCCGGCGUCCUCCGUGCAGUAUACAAGCGCGAAUACCCCAAGUUCCUGAAACGGUUCACCAGCUACGUGGUUGACCAGUGCAAAGGGAAACCGCUCGCCAUCUAGCGAUAACAUUGGACAACUAACUGUGUCCCUAACUUUGUAUUUAGUAUUUAGAUAGCUCUGUGGUGAAAUGCCUAAUAUUUGAUACGGCGUAAAUGAUACAUUCUUCUUAGACGACACCCAUGUCCGGCAGUGGGCGGAAGAUAUGGGUUGAUACGGUUUAAUACUGAUAUAAAUUUAAAACAGAUGCAAGUGACACCAUUUAUAAAUGCAAAUGGAGAGGGUAUAAUGAGUUAAUAUAAUAAUUCGCUGUACACCGCAACAGCAUACAAAACCGUUCGGCAAUUGUAGCGUCAUUAAAUUUAACAUUUCUUUCAUCGAUUUCUGAUAAGAGAUAUUCUGUCAGAUUUCAAGAAUCCUCACCUGUACUUUGUGCUAGGUCCCGUAUAAUUUAUGCUUUUUUAUCCAAAACUCU